GAGAAAACUGAGAAGGGGAAGGAGGAGAAAAUUAAGGAAAAGGAGAACGGGAAGGAGAAAAAAGGGGGGAAGGAGGAGAAAGCUAAGGAAAAGGAGAACAGGAAGGGGGAGAAAAGUAAGAGAAAUGAGGAUGAAAAGAAGCAAGAGCGGGAGACGGAGAAAGAGCAGCAGCAAUUCAAGGAAAAAGAAGAGAAAGACAAGGACAACAGCACGUUGAUAAAAAUCCCGCCGGCGCCGCUGGAGAAAAAUAAGCAGAUCCUAGUGCUGGGCCUGGAUGGGGCAGGAAAGACCAGUAUUCUCCACUUUCUUGCUUUAAACCGAGUCCAGCGCAGUGUGGCCCCCACCCAAGGUUUCAAUGCAGUGUGCAUCAGCACCCAGGACCACCAGAUGGAGUUCCUGGAGAUUGGCGGCAGCGAACCUUUCCGUUCCUAUUGGGAAAUGUACCUGUCCAAGGGCUUGCUGUUGGUAUUUGUGGUGGAUUCAGCAGAUCACAAAAGAUUACCUGAAGCCAAGAAAUACCUUCAUCAACUAAUUGGAACAAACCCAGUCCUUCCUCUGGUUGUGUUUGCAAACAAACAGGAUCUUGAAGCAGCCUAUCACAUUACAGAUAUCCAUGAAGCUCUGGCAUUAUCUGAGGUGGGAAAUGACAGGAAGAUGUUCUUGUUCGGAACCCAGGUGACUGAGAGCGGCUCAGAGAUACCGUCCAUCAUGCAGGACGCCAGAGACCUGAUCGCACAGCUGGCUGCAGACAUGAGUGACCGGCACAGCCUCCACGAGACUCACGGUCUGGAUGCCACCAGGGGACGCGACACGGCAGGCUGGGAGCCAAAAUUUCCACUCUCAAAUAAAAAAUAAGCCAUCUCCUGCUUUCUCAGUGCACGACACGUAUACACAUAUAAGAGACUGUUAGGUGAUUAAAAGAAUCUCUAUUUAGAUUUUGAACUUUAAAAGUAUCGGUAAACAAUGUAUUUGGAGGGAUUUGGAUUUUUAAUCAACAAAAUUAAAGUGAAAAUUAGCAAGCA